CGUGUAAGCAGAGCUUGAAACGAGAGAGAGAGAGAUGGUAGUAAAGGUGUAUGGCCCGGCUUAUGCUUCGGCGACGAGGAGAGUGUUUGCAGCUCUGAUUGAGAAAGGGAUUGAAUUCGAGAUCGUCCCCGUUGAUUUGCUCAAAGGAGAACACAAAAACCCAGAUUUCCUCAAAUUACAACCGUUCGGUGUGGUUCCCGUUAUACAAGACGGAGAUUUUACUCUCUACGAAUCACGGGCAAUCAUCCGCUACUAUGCAGAGAAAUAUGCAGCGCAGGGGACUGAUCUACUAGGGAAGACUGUAGAGGAAAGGGCUGUUGUAGAACAAUGGUUGGAAGUAGAAGGGCAGAACUACUACCCACCCAUUUACACUCUAGUACUACAGAUCUUAUAUUUCCCCAAGAUGGGUAUUCCUAUAGAUGAGAAGGUCAUUCAAGAGAAUGAGGAGAAGCUAGGAAAGGUGUUGGAUAUCUACGAGGAGAGGCUGUCAAAGAGAAACUACUUGGCUGGAGAUUUCUAUAGCCUUGCUGAUCUGACCCACCUUCCUUUUACACACUAUCUUGUGAAUGAUAUUGGAAAGGAUUAUAUGAUACGCGACAGGAAACAUGUGAAUGCAUGGUGGGAAGAUAUCUCCAACCGGUCAGCAUGGAAGAAGGUCCUGCAACUGUAGGGAUUUGUUAUCUUUUCCUGCCCUCAUGGGUAUAGAGGACUGUUGCUUUUUCUUUAUUUCGUCUCUCGUUUCAUGUCCUGUAGUCUUUGAGGAUGAUUUUAGGGGUUGUUUCAGAUUGCCGUGAAAUCUUCUUAUAAUGAUUUUGAAGAAUGAUGAGUAACUAAUGGGCAUCAUUGUAUUAUCUAAUGAGGAAUUAGCAUUGUGCAAUUGAAUUCAAAGGGUGACUUUGUGAU